UAUGACACAGAUCAGUAAAACCAUUUGCUCACAUACCUCAUAUUUAAUUGCCGUUUAUAUAACUCUGCGGCGGCUUUCACUUAAACUCAGAAUCCCCAUAACUGACUGGUAGGGACUCUGCGUAUCCCUUCCUGGAAGUCAGUGCGCUGGAUUUGGGUAUGGACAUGUCCCUACCAAUAUUUGUGGGAGUACAGUACUUAAUUGUGUGCUUGGGAAGGACGAUGGUUCGGGCUGAUCUGGUCCCUAAAGAAAUCAAACUUCCGCUCUUCUGGGAAGUAUGCCUUUAUACUGUAGAUUGAGGGGGUGUAAAAGAAUCUCAAUUUUGGAGAAGGAGACUGACGCAACUGGGCAGUACCGUUCUAUCUGAGUAAGCAGCAUGACUUUUUUAAUUCCUUUCGUUUAAUUAAAUUAUUUCAAACAUUGGGGAAAGUUCAGAAACUAAAGCUCAAACAUCGAAUAUAACAUCCGCAAACUAUCGGUGCAAUGAACAGCACUUGUGAGCUGUCCCGGGCAGCAGGACUUCUACAGCCCAUGUGGGACAGCUUCCUUCUGCAUCGCCACAUCUUACGGUCGCCCUUCUUGUCCGCCAUCCUCGCCUUCUGCGUGCACUUGCUUUUCAGCGCACCUUUCCUAUUCCUGGACGCGCUCGCCCGCCAUGUUUCCGCUGUGCAUCGGUACAGGAUCUCAUCCAGCGGCUCCGAGCCCGUGUGCCUCCGUCGCUGGCUGGACUGCUUCGGUCGAAUUCUGCUGAGAUACAUCGGCAUCGUCCUACCAGCCAGCGCGGUUCUGCAGCGCCUGCGGACCCCUUACUUUCCGCCAGCCGCCCCGUCCUGCGCUCAGAUGCUGCUGGAGGUCGGGUUGUGUCUGCUCAUCUUUGACACGCUUUUCUUCAUUUGGCACGUCUUAAUGCACCGCGUCCCCUGGCUGUACGUCUGGGUGCAUCGGGACCAUCACCUGAACAGGGACACGUUUGCUCUGGCUGCGCAGGACGCCAGCAUAUCAGAGCUGCUGUCCCUCAAAGCCCUGGCAGUCGUCACUGCUGCCGCAGUCGGCUGCCAUCCUCUGAGCGAGAUCGUCUUCUACCUUCUCAACAUCUGGCUGGCUGUGGAGGACCACUGCGGAUAUGACCUGCCCUGGGCCCUUCACAGACUCCUGCCCGGCUUUGGGGGGGCACCUUUCCAUUUGGCACAUCACCAGAGGAACAGAGGGAACUAUGCCCCUUAUUUCAAACAUUGGGAUAAAUUGUGCGGGACAUUCCUGACGGAGGAGGUGGAGGACCAAGUAGGCAGGUAGAUGCCUUCAGCCCUAUUCAUGUUUAACUUCAUGGCUGUGCAUCUCAAUGUGAGCUGUGCUGUACGUGCAAGUCGAUUAAUCACUGGAGACUUAAAGGAAUUUCUCUGAAUCACUUACCAUGAAAACUCCAGCGAGUGGGAAGCACUACAAAUGAACAGAUGCAGGGAGAAUGUGAUUGUUAUGCAGAAGCAGACUUUAAACGGCUCACCACUGCAUAAGAUGUCACUGCCUAACAAUCUUUGCAAUCAUGAUUAAUAUAGUGGAGACUAAAAGUAUAUCAAAUAUCAGUCUUGAACAGCUAUUUCCAUAAAGCUUUGUUUUAGCUCUUGUGUUUCUUUAGGAUAACCUGAGUGAAGCAACCACAUAAACACAUUUACAUUCACUCUUUUUAAUAGAUUUAUAUAUCUAUAUUUUUAUUAUUUAAUUAAAAUAUAUAGGUAACAAAGACUGAACCUUUUAGUUCAGUAAAAAGUCAUUUUAUGGCUUUUUGACAUACAUCUACCUAUUCAUCUUACAGCCAUUUAUCCAGUAUGGGAUUUGUAGAGCAUUUAUGUUCCUCCAUCAGGCAUGUAGCCACAUAGUAGUAUAGCAGGUAUAGAGGGAGAGACCUUCCCCAUCGGUAGGGUGACCUCCCCGCCCCAAUUUAAUUCUACGGGCUACGGGCCUGUCCUCCACAUGUGAAGAACAUCCACAUACAAGCUGAGGCUUGCAGCUGUCCCUCAUAUCUAAUCUGUAACAUCUGCAGCGGUUUUACAUGAGUCAGAGAUGUGAUGCAAUUUUUUUUGUAUCCAUAUGGUUUAGUUAAAUUUAAAUGCAUUAAAAUUCGAAAAUUAACUUAUAAAUUACUUAAUGUAAUUUAGCAGACUUAAUGUAACAGACUAGACCAGGGGUCACCAACAUGGUGCCCGUGGGCACCAGGGUGCCCCCAAGGACCACAUGAGUUGCCCGCGGACCUGUUCUAAAAAUAGCACAACUCACCAGUGAGCAGCGUCUAAAAUUUAAUU